AUGCUGACUUUUAUCCAGCUGAUCACUUUGCUUUUUUGGACGAGCAUUAGCUCAGCUGAUGCAGAGAGACUUUUCCACAGGAGGGAUCAUUCUGAUGUGCUGAGCGACAACUCGCACCAAGCUGAAGUCAUAACGGACAAGAACUCAGCAGAGUUAUUUCUCUCCAGAUAUGGAUUCAUUAAACCAGUGAAUUGGGAGGAGGUCCAGUUUGAAGACUCCUUCACCUCUUUUACGGAAGACUUCCUGGAUGACUUCCAUGAUCAAAUCCAAGAAGGCUCCCCGGUGCAUCGUUCAAGAGAUUCCCCUCAUGUCGAUGAUCAAGGAGGUCACACCAGUUUCACAGAGAGUCCAGCGUUUAUUUCAGCACUUGAGGAGUUUCAGAAGGUGUCCGGUCUGCCGGUCACAGGGGUGUUCGAUGAGGCCACAAAGGAGGCGAUGAACAAACCAAGGUGUGGAGUCCCUGACAAGGAGAUUGAGCUAAACACUCACGAAGAGGAGAACAAUAGCAGCUCAGAGAUUGAGGACAGUUUUGGUGACACUGAGGAUAACACCACGGCAAGUAAUGCAACCAGUGACGGUACUUUUGAGUCUGGAAACCCCUUUGGAGAUGACAUAUUCAAUUUUAACGACACAGAAAGUGUUCUCUCAAAUGACACCAGCAGUAAUUACACAGACGAUUCCACCGCAUUUGAUCAGAUUUCAAAUCAAACCUUUCAAAAUGAUUUGAACACAGAGACUCAACCGGUAAAUAUCACCCUGAGCUUAGAUCAAAGCAAAGCAGUGCAGCGCAGGAAACGCCACCUUGCCACUCUUGUUGCCAAAAACAGGCGGAAGAGAGAUUUAAGUGAAACAGGCUACAUGGCCUUCUCUAAGAGGGUGUUGAAGUGGAGGCUGAUAGGAGAGGGCUACAGCAGUCAGCUGUCCAUUGAGGACCAGAGGUACAUCUUCAGGCUGGCCUUCAGGAUGUGGAGCGAGGUGUCUCCGCUGGAGUUUGUGGAGGAUAUACGCUCCCCACUGGAGGACGUGGAUAUCAGGCUGGGCUUUGGCACAGGACGCCAUCUGGGUUGCAAUCAGAGGUUUGACGGCACUGGUCAGGAGUUCGCCCACGCCUGGUUCCUGGGUGAUAUCCACUUUGAUGAUGAUGAACAUUUCACCGGUCCUAACGCUGGCAGUGGGAUCAGCCUUCUCAAAGUGGCAGUUCAUGAGAUCGGCCAUGUUUUAGGUCUCCCUCACAUUUACAGAAGUGGCUCUAUCAUGCAGCCCAGUUAUCUGCCCCAGGAGUCCAGCUUUGAGAUGGACUGGAUGGACAGGAAGGCCAUACAGCAUCUCUAUGGGGGCUGUAAGGGUCGAUUCAGCGCUGUGUUUGAUUGGAUCAGAAAGGAGAGGACGCCCCAUGGGGACACUGUCAUCCGCUUUAACACCUAUUUCAUGAGGGGCGGCUGGUACUGGCUGUAUGAGAACAGGAACAACAGAACACGCUUUGGGGACCCAGUGGCGCUGCAGAUUGGCUGGCGUGGUAUUCCCACAAGCGGAGUGGAUGCGUUUGUGCAUGUGUGGUCCAGGAAAAGAGAUGCUGUUUACUUCUUUAAAGGCACUCAGUUCUGGAAGUACGACACUGAGAAUGACCAGGUGUUCAGACAGGACUCUGAAGGUAACCGCUAUCCCAGGUUUAUCUCUGAGGGUUUCCCAGGAGUGUUUGGUCCCAUUGACACAGCUUUUUACGACAGGAAGGAGUCCCGCAUCUACUUCUUCAAAAACACCCUGGUGUACGCAUUCGACGUGGAAGCCAACAGCUUGGCAAGAGGCUUCCCCAGAAACAUCAGAGAUGUUUUCCCUGCAGUGGAGAGUGGAGACCAUCCAGAUGGCAACAUUGAUGCUGCCUACUUCUCUUACACCCACAAUGCCAUCUUUCUACUCAAGGGCACACGCUUCUGGCAGGUGGUGGGCAGCCGAAAUCGCUGGCGCCGGCCUUUUCUGCCACGGAAUGGCCUGCUGCCACACAAGGAGGUGGAUCAAAACUGGUUCGACAUCUGCAAUGUUCAUCCCACGGCGCUCAAACUAACACGCUGAGGGUGCUGAAGCAGAGACUCAUAAAACACCACCUUACUCACCUGUUGUUUUACAUGUUCAGACCCCAACUAUCUACUUUUCUUUUGUAAUGUUUAUGUAUAAUUUAAGAUCUUAAAGACAAAAACUUGCAUAUUCUGUUGGCUUUUAUUUUAAACAAGAAGUUCUAUUAUUAUAUCAGCUGUCUGUCUCCCUCUUAGAGGCGCCAAAUGAACAUUGGCGAGAAAGAAAUCCUAAUGGACCUUCCAUAAUUAAGAUAUUUAAAGCUGGAGAAUAAUCUUAUUAUAGAAUAUUUGCUAUUUCUCAAUUCAGACAUUUAUUUUUACUUAUGGAAAUAAAAGUAAGUGCAAUAUGUAAAAAAAAUGCUUAAAAUUGCACACCACAAGAAAAGGGGAUGAUUGAACUGAAGGAAAGGCUAACGGUUAUUGAUCCAGAUAACAGUUGCAGUUUUGUUGUUGUCUAUAAGGACAGUUGAAGAACCUGUUAUCACAAUCCUGCAGGUUCUCUGCUGGUGGUUUGGUGACAACUGUGCACUCUCUCUAUUUGCUUAUGUCCUCUGUCACCCCUACAUCCAUCACCCUGUGCAUCCAAUCACCGCUCAAUAACAAGUGUCCACAAAAAUACUGCAAAUAAUUCCCUACAGUGUAAUAAAGCAAAACA